GGCCACACUCCCCUCGCACUCUCGACUCAUUCCAAUCCACAUCGUCUCGCUCCCAACCAAACCUCCCCCCUCGCCGUCCGCGCGCGCGCCCGCGGUUUCCCCCGCUCGCCGCCGGUUUCCCCCGCUCGCCGCCGGUUUCCCCGAAGCGCGCCGCGCCCGCGCCUGCGCCCGCCGGUCGCCAUCGCCAUCUCGCCCUCGCGCGGAGACUGGUGUCCCUGUUUUGCUCUGUAGUAUAAAGCCACGCAAACCCCCGCCAGGUGUUCGACCGAGUGACACAAGAGUCCAGCCUCUUGCAACCUGUAAUGGAGGUCGGCAACGGCAAGUGCGGCGGUGGUGGCGCCGGGUGCGAGCUGUGCGGGGGCGUGGCCGCGGUGCACUGCGCCGCUGACUCCGCGUUUCUUUGCUUGGUAUGUGACGACAAGGUGCACGGCGCCAACUUCCUCGCGUCCAGGCACCGCCGCCGCCGGUUGGGGGUUGAGGUGGUGGAUGAGGAGGAUGACGCCCGGUCCACGGCGUCGAGCUCGUGCGUGUCGACGGCGGACUCCGCGUCGUCCACGGCGGCGGCGGCGGCGGCGGUGGAGAGCGAGGACGUCAGGAGGAGGGGGCGGCGCGGGCGGCGUGCCCCGCGCGCGGAGGCGGUUCUGGAGGGGUGGGCGAAGCGGAUGGGGUUGUCGUCGGGCGCGGCGCGCAGGCGCGCCGCCGCGGCCGGGGCGGCGCUCCGCGCGGUGGGCCGUGGCGUCGCCGCCUCCCGCGUCCCGAUCCGCGUCGCGAUGGCCGCCGCGCUCUGGUCGGAGGUCGCCUCCUCCUCCUCCCGUCGCCGCCGCCGCCCCGGCGCCGGACAGGCCGCGCUGCUCCGGCGGCUGGAGGCCAGCGCGCACGUGCCGGCGAGGCUGCUCCUGACGGUGGCGUCGUGGAUGGCGCGCGCGUCGACGCCGCCCGCCGCCGAGGAGGGCUGGGCCGAGUGCUCCUGAUCCGCCGCCGCCGCCGGCCACCGCACGACGAAUCUUCCGGCCGCCUGAGAUAGAAAGUACUAAAAAUGCGAAACUUGUGGGCAAUGAUUGUUUGUUUGCUUCCUCCCUAAUUAAUUAAAUUAAUCUCAAAUUCUUAAUCACCAUCAAGGACCCAAAAAUCUUGUGGUUUAGGAAGGCCUCUCUUGUGGUUAACAUCAAAUCACAAGUCUAAAUCCAAAUGGAUGGGACUCUAAUUUUUCUGUGUAGUAUUAGUAUACAAUGAUGAUAGUACAAUUUGAUUUGUUAUUAAUUGGUUAUUAAUUAAAGGUGAUUUGAUCAACUAGACUUUAUGUGGUCAAGAAUGUCUCCCUGUAUUGUAUAGUACCAACUACCAACUCGAUAUUUUUUUCCUUCCAAUCUUUGCUAGUCCUGUCUUGUGUUUGGUGUUAGUUGGUAUCUCAAUGUACUGGGCUUACCACUUGUAUGGACAGUAUUGUUAGCACUAACAACAGUGUGUACCCCCCAGUCGUGUUAGCUUGAAUGGGAAGAGCCAAUGAUCAAGGAAUGCU